AGAGGGUAGGAGGACGCGUGGUGCCUGUCUGGGCCGGCACAGCCCCACUCGACGCCUAGCAACAGCCUCGGACACCCGCCAUGAUCGGAGUCGUCCCCUGCCACAUUGCCCACCCCAACCCUCUCUCUCUCUCGGGCCAACGGCGUCCGCAACACCUAUGGCUCAAGGGAGCGGACAAGGAACGGUCUCCCGUAGCGAACGGAGGAAUAGGAGGAGGACAUCCCACAUCGGAUUCCUCGGCGAGCUGGUAAACGCAUCUUUUAGCAGGUACCAGUGAGCCCUUCGUUUGGCUUCGCCUCUUCUCCAUAACAUCUCUUCCCUGAGGAGGAGAUGUGUUCAGAAGAAGAAUGUGCCCGGAGAAGCGGAGGAGGUUCGUUUAGACAUUGAUAGAUCAAUGUUCUAGAUGCAAUUGCAUGCCACGACUGAUCAUUUACAACUUUGAAGGAACCCAAGUAGGAGCAGACGGGUCCAUAAGGUUCAGUGUCGAAGUUACUCCUCUGAUUAGGGUGAUCAGGUUCAGAGGAAUUGACAAAUUUGUAGGACACAUUAUAUCCUAUUGAUUAUAUGGCUGAAAGGGAGAUUGCAGUUACAAAGGAAGCGCUUCACCAAUAUAUCAUCAUAAGAAAACUUCAUAUGGAGCUAGAGGAGGAAAGAGAAGCUUCAGCAACUGCAGCAAAUGAAGCUUUAUCCGUGAUUCUGAGACUUCAGAGAGAAAAGGCAGCAGAGAAGAUGGAAGCAUGCCAGUACAGGAGAAUUGCAGAGGAAAAAAUGCAUCAUGCAGAGCAAUCCUUGAUUAUUCUAGAGGAAGAAAUGCAACAGAAGGAAUUUGAGAUUUUAAUCCUUAAGCACCAAAUUAAGUUAUAUAAGACCAAGUUAUUGAGUAAUGGUAUUGGUGAUCUUGGAUCUGGAAAUGUUGUAACAAGUGAAGAUGGUGCUUUAGUGGACAAAACCGGUCUUCAUGGCUAUAUUAGCAGGAACAUCUCUUUGCCUCCUUUAAGAGUGGUUAAGUUGUGUAGUGAGACUGGUGGCAAUGAGAAUAGUCUCCUAGCAUUUUCAGAGCAAACAAAAUUGAAAAGGAUUGGUGACUACACGGACCAGCUUGGUGACAAGAAUAGGGAAACACCAAACUUGUUUCGGGAAUCUGCAACGGAUGAUUAUAAUUCUGAAGAAGUAGAUGGAGAAGUGAAAUAUGAAUCAAGUCCACGAAGAAAUGGGUGUCAAACAACAUCAAGUAACAGCCCACGCAGUUCAGGAAAAGAGUUUUCAUCUUGUUCGCAGGAUUCAACUCUGACUGGUGACGCAUUGUGCCAUUCAAAUUGUGGAACUAAGAUCUGUCUGGAUGCUGAAGGUGCUUCAAGUUUGCAUUCGCAAGCUGUAAAACAAGUGGAUACCAUGGAGUCUGUUGGGGAUAGCAUUUCACAUGAUCAAAUUGAAUCAAGGAGAAAUGCAAAUCAUUUGGCAUGUGUCCAUGACAUAUUUGAAGUCCCAGAAAGUGACAAAUAUCAUACCAGUAGAGAACCUAACAAGCAUUUCUUGGAAGAGUCUAUAAAAGAGUCUAAAACUUCUGUUGGCACUGAAGAUUUAGUGUCUCAAGAUACAGUAGAAUCCCCUUCCCGAGACAAUGAUUGGCUAGACAGGGUAGUCACACAUUCAGACCAUAGUAGUGGAAUUUCUACACCAACAAGCCAACCUGACAAGUUGUCUGCACCCACAAAAGCAGAUUGAAUAUGAAAAGAUUAUGAAAAUGGAAGAUUCUGAAAGGAGCAACGAACAGUUAAAGUUGUUGAGGGACAUUUAUGACAAGCUGAACACUAUAGAAUGUCACCUGCAAAGUUCCAGGUCCAAGAAGUGCCUUCAGCACAAUGAGUCCCAGUUGAUCUCUGUUAUUGAGGUAAGCUCUUGCUGCUAUUUGUAAUAAUUAAUGUUGAUAGAAGUGUCAUAGUGGAAGGUGCAUAGAGAUGUCCCAUCCUAGCCAUUAGAUAACAAUUUGCCACCUUUCCUGUCACAUGCCAUUAAAGUUGCAUCCCAAAUAAUAUGCUUAAUGUUUAUGAAAGAGGACCAAUGCUAUUCUUUAUUCUGCAAUAUACAUGAGAUUUUUUUUUUUUUUUACUUACUGGUUGAAACUCCCUGAUUACUUGUAUACUUUGCUGAGGUAAACCACUCAUUAUAUACUAAUCAUCAUUUAUCUUGCAACAUCAGUUCAGAAUGGCAUAAUCUAAUGGUUGUUGAGAAUGAUUUUGUUGUUUUAUGUUUCUGAAGAACAGGCGUUCCUAUCAUUCACAAUUUAGUUAUGUUGAGCUGGUGGUCAUUCUGGGAAUGUUCAUUCUUCCAACCAGAGAUUAGUUCAUAUAUGAUGCAACCAUCCUGACUACAUGGUUAUAGAGGGUGCUGUUGUUCGUCCCCCUCCCCCCCCCCCCUCAUUCAUGGAAAGGAUGAGAAUUUAGGGUGGCUCAUAUUUUUUUUCUCUUUCUUAUGUAUUAUUAAUAUAGUUUGGAGCCUGGAGUGCAAAUUAUAUUGGAAAGAUAUAUUCUACAUCAAAUACAGAUAUCACAAGAAGUUUAUAAUUGCUGUUCGGUUGAUAAGUCUGCUAGAUUUAGUCUGGUGACUGUUGUUUUUGCUUGACUAGCUAUAUCACUGUUUAAAUUCAUCUGAUUCUCCCUCAACUGUUCACUACAUUACUAAUUUCACCUUUUGAGAGGUUUUUCUAAUAUGAAGUAGGGGUAAACGUGAGGGAAGAAGAUCGACAUUAGGUUCUCAACGUCCAGUUGGGCAGACAACAUAAAUGUGAGGGAAGAAGCAUUCGUGAAAAGGUAAACACAUCAUAAAAAAUAUUGGGCAGAAAAAGUAAAGAGUCACCACACUUGAGUUCUUAAUGUCUGUCGACAUUUUUAGAGUGACUCAAUAGCAAUCAAAUGUAAUGGAUUUAAAUGGUACCUUCUUACAUGAAGUAUGGAAAUAUAAUGUCUAUAAAAUUUCUUGUUUCAUUUUGGGUGAAAAAGAGGUGUUGUCUUAUUCAUUCGUGAGUUAGAAAAUAUAGAUAAUGAACAUUCAUGGUAAGAAUAGAGAACACCUACAAGUUGAAGUUUCAGGAGAAAGAAAGAACACAAAAUUAGAGAAAACAUUCUUGCAGCAACUAAAACACAAGCUUCUUAUAUAUUUCCUAUCAAUGGAAACAAUAGCAAGCAGACUUAACUUCUUCUAUAUUACUUAUCAAUGGCAACAAUAGCUCCAAUGUUGACUACUGUUAAAUUGCUAAGAGAUGAAUGUGAACAUGACAAGGCUUAGGAAUUGCAGGAGAGAUGAGAUCCUCCAAAUGGAAAGAAUGGAAGAACAAAUCUAAGAAAGAGAGAGAGAGAGAGAGAGGAGACUCUUCAUUUGUCAUAUAUGUUCAUGGCUCAUGUAGAGAAACACUGUAGCAAAUAGCAGGUAGGUUGCACCUUGAGACCUGAACAUUAAGCAUAAUAUCUGCACCUAAGUGUAGUCAUGUCACCUUCAACAAUUCCAAGUUGCAUCCAGAUCAUUCUUCUCUCGUUCAUUUGUUUCUAUCUAGUCUUCAGAAUGCAGACAUCCGGUCACAGCUGAUCUCACGAUUAGCAACAGCACAUACUGCCCCCUGAGGUUUGUAUCCCACUUCAUGUGGUAAUAUUUAUCCCACGUCUUCCCUUGCUUGUAGUACUUGUCAGGUGCUGAUCCCACCAUUGUUCUGUGAGCAGAGACUUCACCUUUUCAGCUCUCAGUCCAUCAAGAAAAAGAAGGCACAGAAGUGUACGGGGCCAUCUUUCUUUAGUUCUCCACUACCGGAUGGAAUUUGUCACCUUCCUGAAUUGCUCGAACUUGUAAUGGAUAAAGCAAUUGUAGUGCUCCAUCUC